AUGGUACGAACAUGGUAUAUGGAUGAUCGAACAGAAGAUCCACAGGAUGAACAUUUAUUAGAAGAAGUUGAUACGACAACAUUAUGUGCACGUACAGGUGUUGAAAUAUGGUAUUUUCAUCCGGAUCAAACUCUUGCUGGAAAUGAAAGUCCAUCAUUAAUUAAAUUAAAACAUGAUCGAGGAUAUACAUAUGAAGAUGAAAUUAAAGUUGCACCAUCUAUGGAGAAUUAUGAAGAAAAAUUAAAAAUUUUCUUUGCUGAACAUAUUCAUUCUGAUGAAGAAAUUCGUCUUAUACUUGAAGGUUCUGGUUUUUUUGAUGUACGAGAUCAUAAUGAUAAAUGGAUGAGAAUUCAUGUUUUUCCUGGAGAUUUAAUUAUUUUACCUGCUGGAAUGUAUCAUCGAUUUAUAACGGAUAAACAUAAUUAUAUUCGUGCUAGACGUUUUUUUUGUUGGUGA